CCGACAUGAAAAUUUUUAAGUCAAAAAAAGAAGAACCCACAAAGAAAGUUACUGUCACCAUCGUAAAUUAAUUUACCUUAACUUAGGAAAAACUAACCAUGUUAUUUAUGAAAUCAAAGGAAUACAUUAAUUUAGACAAAUAGAAAAAAUUCAAUGAAGCAAUCUAGCAAGAAAAAUUAUUAUUGAACAUGCUCAAGGCUCCUUAGAGAAAUAGGAAGGACGAAGAAAUUCAAAUCAUCAAAAUUGUUAAUCUUAUUAAUACUAUUGAAGCUUAUGAUAAGGCAAUUAUGUAAGCAAAUUUAUAUUAUUCAUUUUAGUCAAAUAAGCAACAUUGAUUAAUUCAAGAGUCAAAUUGUAGCAAGUUAAGGUGACCCCACCAAAGUCUCACAAUACAUUCCGUAAAAUUUCUACAGCUACCAUUAGUUAUAUCGCCAGUGUGUGUUACUAUAUAGAAAAUACUAAUGAUUUAAGAGGUGCUGUUGAUCUCAAAUUGCAAUUAAAUGAAUACUACGGAUGUGAUAUUGCCAACUCCUUUGAAAAAUCAGUCGAUCCCUAAGCUAAAACUUUGUUUGGUAUUUUAAAUCUCUAAUCUCCAUCUGUCCAAAAAUAUGCUUAAGACUUUAGUAAGAAAUAUUCAGUUCCUGAUGUCCCAGGAUUAAACUAUCAACCAUAAUAAUAAUAAAAUGCUAAUUAAUAUCAUCAACCAAUAUAAGGAGGUCAUCAAUAAGGUGGUGGCUAUCCAUAAUAAGGUGGUGGUUAUCCAUAAUAAGGUGGUUAUCCGUAAUAAGGUGGUUAUCCGUAGUAAGGAGGAUAUUAACUAUAAUAACCUUAACAAUUUCCAUAAUAAGGUAGUUAUUAAUAAUCACAUCAAACAUCAUAAUAUCCUUAAUAUCAAUAAUAAAUCCCUUAAUAAAAUAAUUUCUAUCCUAAUUCCUAAACAAACAAUUAAGGACUAUAAUAAAGUUCUAAUCCAUAUGGAUAGCUGCAAUUUAAUUAAUAGAAUAUUUACAAAAAUAAUCCAAAUGUUUAUUAACCACAAAUUUCUCAGCCUCAAAUUGGAAUAAAUCCAAAGUAGAACUCCAAUUACAAUUAUCCGUAACAAUAACAAUCAAUAUACAAUACACCAUCCUAAUAAUAAAAUAACAACAUUGCAUUUGUGCCUUUAUAAUAAUAAUAAUAAUCCUAAUUUUAAUAACAAUAGAGUUACUCAUAAUAAUAACAAUAGGUAGUAGAUCCAUUUGCAAUACUUAAUCAAACAAGCAAUCAAAUGAUGGUAGAAUUGCCUCCUCUACCUAAAUAAUCAAAUUUCUAAUCUAAUAAUCCAUAGAAUUAAAAUGGAGGUGGAUUUACUUCGAACUUGCCAGUCCCUCCUGAUGAAUAGAUAUCAUUUAAGUCUUAGAGUUCUCAAGAUUAAAGUAACUAAUAGUUGUAAUUAUUAGAUAAAACUGGAAGCUUUGGAUAGAUCAAUUCAAUAGGGAAUAGUUAGAAUGCAAGGGGACGUAAGUUUUGAUUAUAAGUUUAGCCUAAUUCACCGAUCCAUUGAGUGAUGACAACAUCUUUUAGACUACAACGAUUGGUUAAGACAUGACCUAUAGUAUGCCUCUUGCUGUGGAUCAAUCAAAGAAGGAAGUUCCAUAAAAAAUAAAUCAUGAUUUACGCUCUUUAGAAAUCUUACACAAGUUCAGGACUGGGAUUUCAUAAUCUAUUAAUGAAUCGGUGAAUUAAUUACAGAGAGUUGGCUUAAGUUUAUGAGAA